UCUGCAGGCUAUGAAAUUGCCGACACGUCUCGCUAUAGUGAUGAUGGGUUAUCUGUGCAAGGUUGCAUCAUCUCUACGAAACACUGGGAAAUUGGCGAUGAAAUAAGAAUGUGCACCGGUCGAAUCGCCUGUCUCGAAGAGCAAGAUGAUCUGUAUCUAAAGAGCAGAAAUAGAGAUUUUUCCGUCAUGUAUUCACAACGAAAAAAACGCAAUUGUCUAUUUCUCGGCCCAGCUCGAUUCAUGAAUCACGAUUGUAACGCUAAUUGUCAGUUUAUACCACUGGGGAUGCACGCAAUUACCUUCAAGGUUGUCCGAGAAAUCGAGUGCGGAGACGAGGUGACGGUGUUCUAUGGCGAGCAUUAUUUUGGCAUCAAUAACUGCGAAUGCCGUUGUUUAACAUGCGAAAAGUAA